AGUUUGCUCUUUCGUGUUAGUCCCCAUUUUUCGGCUGUUUCAGUUUCAGUUUAUUUCUAUUUUUUUUGGUGUAACCAAGUGUAAUCCGUGCGAACUGGUGAAUGUUGUCUGUGCUGGUUGUUCCCUCGAAGGAGUGAUCAUCGUCAUUUAGUCGGAUCAAGGCGGUCAAGCAGCCUCAUCAUCAUCAUCAUCUCAUCUUUGGCGCAAGUUAUUAUCAUCAUCAUCAGCGGAGGCGACCAUAAACGGGAUACUGUAAUAUCAUGAUGUUGCUUCACCUGCUCCUCCUGUCUGUCGUCGUCGUCGCGAUAAUUGGCGUCGUCGAUGGCGUUCUAUCACCACCUCCCGGCUACGAUGAUGACACUUCGCCGGUGCCUCUUCGCUUGGAGGACUUGGAGCGCGAGCAGGAGCAGCACCAGCAUCUGGAUCUCAAUCGAGCGCCGUUCCUGCCCAAUCGCUAUGAAUGGCGACCGGAUGUGGCCGCCAGUUUGCCGCCCAGUUACAUUCAGGAUGCCGCCCAGCGGGAGCGGGAUCUCGAGCGACUGCAGCGUUUGGAGGAGCUGCGUCAGCUGCAGCGGCAGCACCAGCAGCUCAGUUCGGGCUACGCCUUUCCCUUCCCCGCCCACCUUCCAGGUGGUGUGCUCUAUGUUGGACCCACGGCAGCCACGCCCACUCCCACGCCCUCGGCAGCGCCGACGACGACGACAGUGGCCUCCUCUUCCAAUCUUCGAUUCGGAAAGCCCAUAGUUCCCUACGAUUUGGAUUUGAAUUUGGGCCUAAAUGGUAUUCAAUAUGUGGCCAGUAAUGCUCUGCCGCCCCUGCCAGGGCCACGCCCCCUGGGACGACCGCCCUUUAUCUAUGGUUUUACCAACCAGGCGGGAAACAAUAGACAACCCCUGGUGGUCCAGCAAUCCAAGCAGUUCGCCUACGCCCCACCAUCGCCACCACAGCGACAUUAUGCGAAUGGACCGAGGAUUCCAUUGCCAUAUCCUCCGAGUUUUGUGAGCAUUACAACCCGAAGACCCAAAGGAUUCCGACCAUCCCAACCAGAUCCCACGCCCGAUUUGUUCGCCGGACGCUCAUCGAAAUCGCUGCUGGACUCGUACAUUCCCAGCUGGGAGGUUCUGCGCCUCAUCAGGGAGCACAAUUCACAGCAGCAGGGAGGAUUCUCACCCAUCAUCCACCACCAACAACGUCAAACGCUCGCCUAUCCAGCACCUGCGCACUUGCGACUCUAUAAGCGAGAUUCCCAGGAGAACCGUACGAGAAUCGUUAAGAAAGCGCUGGCACAGCCCGGCAAACUCAAGGAAAACUAAGAGCAUUUUAGUCUUAUUUUAGUUUUUUGUUGUCUUUUAUAUAUAUAAUAUACAAAUACGAAUAUUUAUUGCAGCGAAAAAGGCAUGCG